AUUUGUAGGAAUAAUAAGAAGACGUCUCGGUAAUCUGCGGUAGAAGGCAGAUUAUAAUUGUAUAUGAAUAUGUGUGUGUAAAUGGACGUGUGACAGUUCGUGUUUAAUGUUUUUGUCGUGCCUCGAUUGUGAUCAGCAAUUACAGUAGACUUUCUCGUUAUUAUGUGGUGUAGUCCGGACGGACAAAAAAAUUAAGUAAAAAAGUGACGGCUGGCGCCAGGACCUAACUCGAUGUGAACAUCCGCGGUUUGCUCCUCUUGCAGUUGUUGACAAAAACUUAAGUAAAUGGUGCAAGAAAAUGAACGUUUCUGUUUGUACGGGGAUAUUUCGGAAAUCGACAACUCAUUUUCAAAACUACGGUUUUAUAUGUUAAAUAGGAAUAAUUGGAACAAAAUUAGAAAGAAAUUCAAAGUUAAAUCUUGUUAACAGGAUAUAUGUGGUGUGUAAAAAACAUUAAAAUGUAAAGUGACAAAAUUGAAACAAAACUUUAGAAAACAGUUCUUUAAAAUGGCAAAGUCCGUGGAAGAAGUUAAUUCUAUUAUUUCUCAAUAUUUGGACUUGAGAAGUCAUCAAGGGGAUGAGGGUGUGUUGUUGCACUACGAUCCCGCGGCCGCAGCAGCAGCAGAAGGCGUCGUGCUCGUCAAUCCCGCAGGUAACAUCCCCAGUGGUGUCAAUGGUGGCGGUCCGGUGCUGCAGCAGCGCUGGGUCACGUUGACGGCUAGCAUGUGGCCCGCCGACGAACCGACGGCCGCACCAGCCCGUGGAGGUGCCGGAGGUGGCUGGAGACUUCCUGGUGAUCGACUUCCGCUACUCGCCGCCGUCUUCUGUGGGGCUGCCCUGGUCGUCUGCGUACUUUUUGCCAUUAUCGCCUACCGUUGUUGCAUCAUGCCCAAGCGAGAUAAACACUUCUGUCUACGAAAAUCAGAAGACGAUCGAGCAUCAUCUCAAUUACCCAUGGGACCUAAUAACGCCACUUUUCCAACACAAUCGGCUGUUUACGCAGAAGGAAAAGGAUGCAGUUGGGGCUACACCAAUAGACUCGUGCCAGCCAUUCCUGGUCAAGGUGGACAAUGGGUUUAUAGCACGAGGGGCACAAUGGGGGGACCGCAAUGCACCCAGUGCCCCGGAAUUUGUCCGGUGCCCAGAAGUAGCAGUAAUCCUGGCAGCUCAAAUUUUCAGGUACGACCAAAUUCUUCUAUAAAUCAUUCAACAAGAAGAGAGAGACCUGUAAGUCAACCGGUGCAAUUUGGGCCUUGCGAUGUUCCAUUGAAUGGAAACGAUCUUUACGUUAAACAGGUGCCAAUUCCAGAAAUAUCCGAAUUUUCUCCCCAGGGAGCUCAGUAUGCUUCCAGCAGUAUUUUAGAUGAAGUUAACUCAAAAGAAGGGGAAGCUACUCUAAAAACUCGAAGUCUUCCAGCCUGGGUAAGAUCGAAGCCUAGACCAUUGUCCACGGAAGAUGACCUCAACGAUUUAUAUGCUAAGGUAAAUUUUAGCAAAAAAAGGAAGAAUCGAAUGCGGAACGACGAAGCAGCUAUAAUAGCCCUUAGCAAGUCGAGAAGUCAGUUUCUUCAUAAAGACACCGAUUCGUUGGUGGACAACGAAGCUGUGAUUGUUUACGAUGAACGAACAGCCCUUUAAUUGAUGCCCCUUGGCAUUUUUAUCACACGUUUGCAUAUCUCAUUAAAUUUUGUGAAGUUCAUACUAUACAUACAUUAUUCAUAUCGUCGUCGAUGUAGAAUAAACGGUAGCAAAUCUUUUUUAUAUAAGAUGGAAUUGUAUUAAUCUCUGUGAUACACGCAAGUUUAAAAGUAAGUUUAAUAAUAGUAAUCAUCGUGAAUGUGAGUGGUGUACACUUCUUAAAAAAAUAAAAAAAUAACACACUUAAUGCAGAAUUAAAAAGACAAUAACUACCGAACAAGAAAUUAAAAAUUGUAGAAACGUAAACAAAGAAAAAUGCUUUUUAAUAUUUCAAAAAGAGUUUUCUUAAUGUUAACUCUACACUUGUCAAGUCUUUAAAAAUGUUUCACGAGAAAUUGACCAGUCUCAGUGAAAUUUUAAAAAUUAUACUAUUGAGUUUAUUAUUUCUUCAGAAGAUAUGUAUUCACUGAUUAAGUCUUUGAAACAUUUGCGGUAAAUUAAGUUCAAAAAUGCAAGAUGUUAAGUAUAAAUUUGCAUAUUUUAUUUCUUCUUAAGUAAAGACAAAACUGGCGCCAUUUAGUCAAAACUCACUCCUCUUCUAAUGUGUGAUAACAAAGAGGAACGAGUGUACAAUUAAAAUACAUUUUUAUGUUCAAUUUCAACGUCUGAUGACUACACUUUGGUCAAUUUUUUUUAUUCAACGUUAUUCAGUUAUUGUAUUGGAGUGUUAUUUAUUACGAAAUUUCCAUUAUAUAUUAUAUAAUUGUUUAUUGAAAAUAAAUACAUUUGGAUUAUAUUGUAUAUUAAACAUUUUAAGUAGGUAUAACAAUAUUGCAUUAUUAUAAACAUCACUUGCAAAGUAUCUGAGUUUUGCCAUCACGAGCGAACACAAUCAAUCAAAUGGUUUAGAUUUUGUGCCCUUGUAAUGAAAAACAGCAAUUAGUGCUAUUAAGGUAGCAUGCGUACUUAAUUGCAUCUAUGAUAUAGAUAGAUCAUCAGUUUAACUAUUUAUCAACUAUAGUUAUGUUAAAUAGUAGUUUUUGAUGUUAUUUACCUGCACUUACUGACCAUUAAAGUUAAUGAUCAUUUUA